AUGUGUCAACACAACUUUGAACACGACCUGCUGCUCUCGGAGCCUGUUUGUGGAAACAUAUCCUUUGUUAGUGACAUGAUGGAGAGUGAAGCUCAGCCCUGCAGUGUCAGUGUCCUGUCCUGGGAGCAGGUGAGCCGCCUGAAUGAUGUGCUGUCAGAGGUGGUGCCGGUGCACGGCCGAGGGAACUUUCCCACAUUAGAGGUGCGGCUGAAGGACGUCGUGUCCCGUGUCCGGGCUCGUCUGGAGCGCAGUGGCAUCAGGGUCAAAGACAUGCGCCUCAACGGCUCCACGGCCAGCCACGUCCUGGUCCAAGACCAGGGCUGGAGCUACAAAGACCUGGAUGUGAUCUUCAGAGUGGACCUUCCCCACGAAGCAGAGUUCCAGCUCAUAAAGGAGGUGGUGCUUGGAACGCUGCUGGACUUUCUGCCUGAGGGAGUGAACAAGGAGAAGAUCACUCCCAUGACUCUGAAGGAGGCCUAUGUGCAGAAGCUGGUGAAGGUGCACACGGAGCAGAACCGCUGGAGCCUCAUCUCCCUCUCCAACAACAACGGGCGGAACGUGGAGCUCAAGUUUGUGGACUCCAUCCGCCGACAGUUUGAGUUCAGUGUGGACUCGUUUCAGAUCAUCUUGGACUCUACGCUGUCCUUCUAUGACCUGUCCAUAGAACCUAUGUCCCUGGAGUAUCACCCUCAUGUGGAGGGAGAAAGUGUGUACGGAGACUUUGACGUCGCCCUGAGUCAUCUCAAAAACAAACUCAUAGCCACAAAGCGGCCGGAGGAGAUCCGGGGCGGAGGCCUGCUGAAGUACUGUAACCUGCUGGUGCGAGACUUCCGCCCUGCAGAUGAGGAAGAGUUCAAAGCCCUGGAGCGCUACAUGUGCUCCCGCUUCUUCAUCGACUUUCCGGACAUUGGCGAGCAGCAACGCAAAGUGGAAGCAUAUCUGCAGAGCCACUUUGUGGGCGAAGAGAAGAGCAAGUACGAAUAUCUGAUGCUGCUGCGGCGCGUGGUGAACGAGAGCACGGUGUGUCUGAUGGGGCACGAGCGGCGCCAGACUCUGCACCUCAUCUCCCUCAUGGCCUUCAGGGUUCUGGCCGAGCAGAACGCCAUCCCCGACGCCUCCUGUGUGACCUGCUACUACCAGCCCGCGCCCUACGUACGAGACCACAACUUCAGCAACUACUACGUGGCCAAUCAGAACAUUCCCACGUGGCUCCCGUGUAACUGA